AUGUCUCCAAACAUGACUUGUCAAGCUCUCCAGUCUUUUUCUCCAAGACUAACUGUGGCCAAAAGAAAGGAGGCUCUUGAGCUCAGAAAGACUAUGAAACCUUUAAUGGAAAAAAGAAGGCGCGCACGUAUCAACGACAGCCUGAACCACUUGAAAAGCCUCAUUCUUCCCCUCACAGGCAGAGAUAAGAGUCGCUACUCCAAGCUUGAGAAAGCCGACAUCCUGGAAAUGACCGUGAGGUUCCUCAGCGACAUUCCCCCCGUUAACACCAAAAAUUCCACAGAAAGUUACAAGGAAGGCUACAAAGCCUGCCUCCAGCGCAUCUCCGCUCUGCUUCCCAAAACGAGUUUGGACCAAGACGCGUGCCAGCGGGUGAAUGACUUCGUUCAGCGGUCCAUGACCGCGACGGUCGCCCCUGCCUGCCUGAACUGCUGUGCUCAGAGCUCCAGGACCUUCCCUCAGAUUCAGCAGAGACUCCUGAGCCUCAAGUCCAGCUUCAGUUCCAGAUUUGAGAGCGAGUCCCGCAGCAACAGCAGCUCAGUUGCUCCCAGCAGAGCGCAUCCAAGCCCGCAGGCUGUCAGCGCUACCAUGUGGAGACCUUGGUAG